AUUUCCUACGGGACUGGAAGAUGUUUCAAAAUAUCCAGACUUAAUUGAAGAACUGCUGAGGAGAGGCUGGUCCAAGGAUGAACUCCGAGGCAUUCUGAGGGGGAACUUACUUCGUGUUUUCAAAGAAGUAGAAAAUGUGAAGAAGAGCAUGCAAGAGAAGGCAAGCGAAGUGGAAAUCCCACUUGAACAGGUGGCUCACAACUGUCGCCUAGAGCUGAGGCCUCCAACUUCAUCAAGGAACAAUUCAGGCAGUCUGAUUCGCAUGGGCCUACUGGAAAUCUUCGUCUUUACUCUAGGAAUGUACAUGAUGCUACCCUGAUGUUGAUUCCGGCCACAGUGCCAAGAGCUGCUUCUUCCCAAGUUAAGACAAAUACGAAGAACAACACUAUUUAUUGCCACUAACUCUGAGACCGUCAAUGCUCCCUGCUUCAUUUGCACAAAACAUUAAAAGAAUGACCCAAAAGUGCUUUCUCUGCA